AAUAUGACAAUAAAAAUGAUGGACAAUGAACGCAAGUCUAACGCAACAUUUGAUAUGAUUCCAUUUCACCGGAAGCUGCAGUCUCGGUUGCUCGUUGCUUUCACUACGGCUCCGGUGAACUUUCCGUGUGAGAAGCGAGUUGAUAAAGAUUCGGUUUCCGUGGGUGUUCUGCCCAACAUGUCUUUCCCACCUCAUCUUAACCGGCCACAGAUUGGCAUCCCAACGAUGCCUCCUGGAAUCCCUCCACCACAGUUUGCUGGAUUUCCACCAUCAAUGCCUCCAGGGACCCCAAUGAUUCCCGUCCACAUGGGCAUCAUGGCUCCAGCCCCUGCGUUGACUAAUGUGUAUCUAAUGGAUCAGGUUCUUGUGCCCACAACGAUGCCUGUGGUGAGUAAAGUUGCUGCUCCCAGGAAAGAAAGUGCAGCCCUUCGUGCAAAAGAUGAUGACAACAGCGGCCCCACGACCACUGUGUUUGUGGGUAACAUCUCUGAGAAAGCAUCAGACAUGCUUAUCAGACAGCUUCUGGCUAAAUGUGGUUUGGUGUUGAGCUGGAAGCGUGUUCAGGGUGCCUCAGGGAAACUUCAAGCGUUUGGUUUUUGUGAAUAUAAAGAGCCUGAAUCUACUUUACGAGCUCUACGGCUGCUACACGAGCUUCAGGUCGGAGAAAAGAAACUGCUGGUUAAAGUCGAUGCCAAAACUAAAGCUCAGCUGGAUGAGUGGAAGGCAAAGAAGAAAAGCUCCAGUGAGAAUGGAAAUGGAAAAGCAGAAGAAGCCGGCGAGGAUGAGGAAGAGGUCCUGGACGAAGAAACCAAGAAGCGCGACCAGAUUGUCAAAGGUGCUAUCGAUGGCCUCAUUAAAGAAUAUUCAAGUGAGCUGAACGCUCAAUCACAGGACGACGAAGCGAAUCGCCGCAAAAAGAAACGAGACAGAAAGGAAGAGGAGGACAUCAAUGCUAUUGACAUGGAAGAUGACAAAAGAGAUUUGAUUUCCAGAGAGAUCAACAAAUUUCGUGAUACCCAUAAGAAACUGGAGGAGGAAAAGGGGAAGAGAGAGAAAGAGAGACAGGAGCUGGAGCGCGAGCGACGGGAGAGAGACAAGGAGAGGGAAAGAGAACGUGAGCGACGGGAGAGAGAGCGAGAGAAGGAUCGUGAGAGGGAACGGGAGAGAGAGAGAGAACGAGAGAGGGAGAGAGAAAGAGACCGGGACCGUGAGCGCACCAAAGAGCGGGAGAAAGAGAGAGACUGGGAGAGAGACAGAAGCAACGAGCACAUCGAAGAUCGAAGCCGAUCCAGAGAACAGAGUCGUGACAGAGACCGAGAUAAGGAGAAGAAACGAGAUCGUGAGGAAGAUGAGGAGGAGGCGUAUGAACGCCGCAAACUGGAGAGGAAGCUGCGAGAGAAGGAGGCGGCCUAUCAAGAGCGUUUAAAGAACUGGGAGCUCAGGGAGAGGAAGAAGGCCAGAGACUACGCCAAGGAGACCGAAAGAGAGGACGAACGCCGCCGUGAAAUGGCUAAAGAAGGUAAACGUCUCAAAGAGUUUCUGGAGGACUAUGAUGAUGACAGAGAUGAUCCAAAAUACUACAAGGGCAGCGCUCUUCAGAAGCGACUGAGGGACAGAGAAAAGGAGAUCGAGCUGGAUGAUCGUGACCGGAAACGAGAGAAAGAGGAACAUGAGGAGAUCAGACAGAGGCUGCUGGCGGAGGGACACCCUGAUCCAGAUGCUGAGCUAAGAAGAAUGGAGGAAGAAGCUGAACGUUUGCGGCAGCCACCUAUAAAGCCCGAGCCGGAGGAGGAGCGAGAGCACAAACCCUCUCGAGACGAGCGGGACAGAGGAAGAGAGCGAGAAAGAGACAGAGAUCGAGACCGAGACAGACGCAAGGCAGCCCCGGAGACGCACGUCCGUGCAAUGUCCGAGGAUGAUGACGUUGAGGAGGGGGAGGAUAUAGAGGAUGAGGAGGAGGAGCCUAAGCCCUGUCUCAAGCCCACUAUGCGACCCAUCAUGGCCGCCCCGUCCGUGUCUUCGGCCAGCGGUAACGGCACACCCAACACGCCCAGAGAAGAGUCGCCAUGCGGCAUCAUCAUUCCUCACGAGAACUCACCUCCUGAUAUCCUGCCACAGGAUGAGAACCGGCCCAAGAUCGGCCUGAGCCUCAAACUUGCAGGUGCAACUGGUAGCCCGGGACAGCCAAGUGUUGCCAAACGGAAGAAGCUGCCGGUGGAAAGUGUAUUUAACCGCUUUGACGACGACGAGGUGGACGAGGUGCCUCGGAAGAGGAAGCUGGUUCCUUUAGACUAUGAGGACGAGGAGAAGGGAGUAGACGGCGGAGCCGCGGGAGGUAAAGGAGUGAACACGGAGGAGAAACGCAAACACAUAAAGAGUCUUAUCGAGAAAAUCCCCACUGCCAAACCAGAGCUCUUUAAUUACCCACUGGAUUGGUCUGUCGUUGACACGGCUCUGAUGGAGAAACGCAUUCGACCGUGGAUCAAUAAGAAGAUUGUAGAAUACAUUGGUGAAGAAGAGGCCACGUUAGUUGACUUUGUUUGCUCCAAGGUUAUGGCCCACAGUACUCCACAAGGCAUCUUAGAUGAUGUUGCUAUGGUGCUGGAUGAAGAGGCAGAGGUCUUUAUAGUUAAAAUGUGGAGGUUAUUGAUUUAUGAAACCGAGGCCAAGAAGAUCGGACUUGGGAAAUGAACGAGCACUCAAAACUAAUGAACUUGCAUUUUACUUGCUGUUUGGGCUGAUCUAGGCUCAAAAACAACCUGGGAAAACUCGAGCAUUCUUUUGAAGUUUUAAUUUCUCACAUCCCAGCCUCCUCCUCCUCCUCUCCUCUAUAAGACUGACUUGAGUUUCAUCACUGAGAGGAAGAGGUUUGAUUUCUCAGGGUCUUCCUGUUGAAUCCAUCACAUUAGCUUCAUCUUUGCCUGAUUAGAGUAGCAGAUCUUUGAGUUGGGUGACCCAUUGUAAUUGUUACUCUUUCUCAGUUGCCAAUCAUCUGGGAUGUAAUUUUACUGAUUUGUCCUUUUGGUAGCCCUCCAACCGUACCAAAGAGUUUUUCCCCAGUUGUUCUGCUUAUAAACAGAAGUGGAUUGGACCUGAACACUGUUUAGAAGGUCUCGGGCUGAACUGAUUGACAUGAACACGAUUGUCUUUGUUUUGUACUUACAGUGGAUGUGUUUUCAAUAAAAGUGAUCUUUUUUUUUUUUAGUAAAA